AUGAUCGCGGACACUGUUCUCGUAUUCCCACGAUCGUCGACCACCACCGUCCCUGCCGCACUUGCUGCCGAGACACUCCUUCGAGAUGACCGUAUGCCGGUCAAAGUGAACGGCCAAUGGAUGUUUUUAUCACAGGACGAGAUGGUUGAGCUGCGGAAACGGAACGACAUUGGCACAGCCGUGACCACCGCUCCUGGGACGGCGGGCGAAACAAAGGGCGACGCCACCACCGUGACGCCGACCACAAAGACAACUAGGACGGCAGCAUCCUCGCCGCUCCCGAGCUUCUUCGAUAGCAGCCUUGCAUCCAACUUCUCGAACGACUCGGCGUGCCCAGCAUUUAUCAACUCCUUUCUCACGAACCCCACAUUCAAGCAAUGCUACCCAUUCUCUCUUCUUCUCCAGGGUUCGCGGUCAUUUUUCCAAGCCGAAAAGUCACUUGUGUCCAUCACGCAGGUCCUGGACGCGACGUGUGCGGCCAACGCCACGUUCUGCACCUCCUACCUCAACCGCCUCGCAACCAAUCUCACCGACGCCGCCAACUGCGGCGCAGACUAUAAGCUGGGCAACUCCAUUGUAGUACAGGCAUACGACGGCAUGAUUGGGUACCAGCCGCUGUACGCGGCGUCUUGUCUGACCGACCCGGACACAGGAGCCUACUGCUUCGCCAAUGCCAUCACCAACUUAACCACCACGGCCAACGUGUACUUUUACUACCUGCCGCUCAACAGCUCGCUGCCGACAAGCGGCUCCGAACCGUCCUGCAACUGGUGUCUCAAGCAGACCAUGGCUGUGUAUCGGUCAGCGGCUGCCGACCGCAAAAAGCCCAUUGCCAGUACGUAUCUGUCGGCCGCACAGCAGGUCGACACAAUCUGCGGGCCGGCGUUUGUCAACGACACAUUGCCAGCAGCCAUUGUGUCCAACGCCGCGUCUUUGGCAAAGGGGCCGUCAUUGCACUGGCUGGCACCCGCUCUAUUAAUCAGCGUCGCCGCAUACCUGAUAUGA